CACAAUGGCCGAUUUCAACAGCGACGCCUUUGAACGGCGUUUGAACAGGCUAUCAGAGACGCAAGAGAGUAUAGAGAGUUUGUCCAGUUGGGUAAUACAACAAGUACAAUUUGCAGAACGCGUCGCCACGUCGUGGAUGCGAUGUUUCGCUCAAUCCAAGACUCAUAGAUAUCAAACACUUCUCUAUUUGGUCAAUGAUGUUCUACAAAAUGGCAGGAGAAGAGGAUUGGACUUUAGUUUAGCGUUUAGAGAAGUUCUACCUACCGCAGUAGCAAUGACUCGUGGUCUGAAAUGUCAGGCAAGUGUAGAGAGGAUUAUAGUUGUUUGGGAAGAGAGAAGGGUUUAUGAUAUGGCAUAUCUUCGAUAUCUACGCCAAUGUCUAGAAAAGGGUGAGGAAUUUGUGUUGUCAAAUCCAUUGUCUGAUGUCACAACAACAACGCUAGAAAUGUCAAGUGCUAGUGUUGCCGAGAGACUGGAAACGUUUAGGAAUUUUGAAGCAACUUUGGCAUCAAAGCUUGCAAAGUUGAAUUCAAUGAGACUUCAUUCUUGGAAUGAAAGCAUGUUGAUUGCUAUUAAAGACAAACAAGAGGGACAUCAGAUUUAUGAAGAGAUAGAUGAGGGAGUGAGUUGUUUGAAGGAUUGUUGUGAUACAAUGACUAGUGAGGUGGAACAUAGAAGAAACAUUAUAGCUGCACUGGAACAGUCACUUGUUGAACAGAGACAAGAAGCAGCACUUACAAAGAAACUCUACAAAGAAGUUAUGCAAAGUGACUCAAGAGUUUCUUCUGUGCUGGCUUCUCUGCGUUCCAAGCUGAGUGCUCUUUCAACAAACCAGCAAGCAGACAAAGUUCCAGCUCUUACUCUUCCAGUUGACGGUACUACGGCAUCUGAUUCCUCCCUUCUCUCUGCAAUACAGCCAACUGGUGUGUUUCUUCUACAUUCUUCACGGACGUUGCCAACACCAGAUGGUGUUGUACAUAAUGUGCAGGAAGAUCAGAAGCAGUCAACCGAUACAGGCCAUGUAGAUCACAUUGAGGAAGAAGACAUGGACAUUGACGAUUCAGCAUCGGAAGAUGAAUCUCAUCCAGCAAAGGUAACAAAAGCAGACAUAACAUCACAGGCAGCGUCAAGUAUAAAUGGACUACUAAUUGAUAUCAAUGCAACUAAUCAAGAAAACACUGGAACAAAAAAGGAAACUGUUGGACAGUUUACCGGUGGAAAUGGAAUGUCAGCAAAUGCAUCAAGUCCAUUAACGGAGAAUGCACAACCUGUCGUAGGAAUGAACACUGCACCUUUCCCUUCAACACAUCGUGAGGACUCUUUAGGAAUAGAAGGUCAUCCCCCAGGUCCUCAGCCAUUUGUACAACAUCAACCAAUGAAUCAGCAGUUUCAUCCUUUGCCAUCUCCUAAUAUGAUGCUUCAACCGCCAUUUCUGCCACCAUCUAUUCUGGGGAAUCCCCCAAUGCCCAUCACAUCACCUUCACAGAGUAUGCCACAUGCAGGUGUUUACAACCCAAUGGGAAUGGGUCCAUUUCCAGGCAUUGAUGCUCAGCGAUAUCCUCAUCCACCAUUUCGACACAGUGUACACUAUAGAGGUAGAGGUAGAGGUAGAGGACAGGGUAUGUUUCAGACACAACCGGUUCCGAGUAGAUAUUACUAGUGGAUAAUGUUAUGAUAGAGUAGUAGUUUACCAGUAAAAAGAACCUCAGAACGCCAUGAUUUCUCGAAAUUAAUGUAUGCAUACAGCUAUAGAAAAUAAAAUACCUUUAUAUGUCAUCGUCUUCAUCAUCACUG